AUGGAUGAUUCCAGUGACGCUUCCGGUGAUCUCCGCAGCUCGACCCGGCGGCGGCGGCGUCGCAGCGACGACGACGAGUCAUCACUGCGUUACAUGCUGCGCAAUCAGAACCUACUCCUGGUCGUGUUCCUGAUCCUCGGUGUGCUCACGGUGUCUUGCGCAUGCGUCGCCAUUGUCGCCGCAGUGGUCGAGCACUUCUGGACAUCCAUCGACGAACCGAUGGGAACCGCCAUCGCCGCAGAAGGCGUUGUCGACGACGGUCGAAAACAGCAAGGAGGCAAGUCCUCGUCCGCCGAGUUCGUCAUGCAGCGGCAAUCCGAGGCGGACGGUGCGAACCGCGCAGUCUUCUGUUUCAUCAACUACACAGCGGCGCCCGGUUCACCGCACCGUUUCGUCGUGGACAACGUGUCGGCCGACCUCUGCGACGCUCUCGUCUUCGUGUCCGUCGGGCUAGACACGCGGCAACAGAGCGCGCGUUUCAAGCAGCCCGUCGAAGACGCCGAGACCCUCCAGAGCUUGACGUCGCUGCCCACACCCGUCUGGGUCUUGGUCGGCGGCGAGCUCGCGGACUCUCGCGACUUCCGGAAGGCAGUGCGAGAGAAGCGGACGCGGCUCGCCUUCGUGCACAACGCGGCGGUCUGGUCACGCCGCAUGGGACUCGCCGGCCUGAUCCUCUACUGGAAGUAUCCGACACUGAGAUACCGCUCUAAUUACAGCACAUUCGUGAACACCAUGCGCAUCGUCUUCGAACACAAGGGGCUGCGCUUGAGCGUGGUCGUACCAUGGGAGACGGCGAAGCGACGCGACGGUUACUUCGUACCGUCGCUGUACAACCGGCUCGACCUCGUCGUCGUCGACACGCACCGUACCGUGGACCCGGCGUCGUUUCCGGUCACCACAUGCCAGAGCCCGAUGAGGGCCGUCUUCAGGGCGCACCAUAACGGCCAGGUGGGACUGUCCUCGGUUCUCGACGAGCUGUCCAUGGUCACCGAGCACAUGCUUGGCAAGACCAUGCUGAGCGUCUCGUUCACCGGCGCCACGUUCACCCUGAAGCGGCCCUGGAUGAAGAACGUUCGUGUAGGCAUGCGCGUACUCGGUCCCGGCAAGCCCUUCGCUCACACCAACCGCUCGGGCCUGGCCAGUUACUACGAGGUUGCCAAGGCGCUGACGCACCACGAUGCGUCCUCGUGGCACAGUGCAACUCACGGCUUCUCUCGCUGCUCGGUGGCCUACUGGAAGGACCAGUGGGUCGGCUUCGAGGACCGUGCUAGCCUGCGCCUUAAGCGGUCAGUGGUGCGAAAGACUGCGGGCCUCGCGGUCUGGGACUUGUCCAUGGACGAUUUCGCAGGGGACUUGGGACUCGCGUGGCCCCUGCUUCGCGAGGCUCACGACGUGGUGCACGGUUGA